AUGAGUUUUCUUAAAAUUAAUAAAAUAGCAUUAAAAUCUUCAACAACUAUUUUAAAAUCUUCUUCACCUUUAUCAGGCAAAACCAAAUUUAAUCAUAUUAAUAGUCGUAGUAGUAGUAGAAGCAAUGAAAAUAAUUAUGAAAAAAGAUAUUAUUCAUCAUUUAGUAUGAAAGAAGAUCCAGAACCAUCAAAACCAUUUGGUUUUAAACCAUUAAUUGCAUUAGUAUUGGUUGGUGGUAUUAGUGCAUAUUUAUACAAAGCUUGGGAUAAUCAAGAUUUCAUGUUUUCUUCUAAGUUACCAUACCAAAGAGAAGAAGUUGAAAAAUUUAAAAAAAUCAUGAAAGAAAUACAUCAAGAUUCACAAAGAGAAAAUUUAAAUAUUGAAAAAGAAUCAAAAGAAUCAAAAGAAUCUGAUCAACAACAACAACAUCAACAACAACAACAACAACAACAUCAUCAACAAGAAGAAGAAAAAGAAGAAGAAAAAGUAGGAGUAGAAAAUACUACAUUAGAAGAUAAUAUUAUAGAAUCAAUAAAAAAUCAUGAAGAAGAAAUGAAAAAUGAAUUGGUAUCAUUAAUUGAAUCAGUUCAAGAUAAAUAUGCACAUUCAAAUGAUGAUGAAAUCAAUGCAGAUGAAAGAGAAAUGGAUUCAGAGACUGGUGUUAGUAUUAGUGAUGAGAUUUCAAAAUUAAUUGAAGAACAUAAACAAAAUGAAGAAGAGUCAUUACCAGAUUUACUUGAUGUUAAUUAUGGUGUAUUAUCUAUUAUUCCAGAAGCUGUUAAAUCUGCUGAAGAAACAGUUGAAAAUGCAUUAAAGAAAUUCACUCAUAGCAAUGAUGAUGAUGAUGAUACAACAACUACUUCAAUCAUUAUUAAUACAUCAGAUGAAUUAAAGAAUCAUAAUAUUAAUAUUGAAAAUGGAAAUGAAGAAUCUUUAGUCGAUUCAUUAGAUGUUAAUUAUAAUGUAUUAUCAAUUAUUCCAGAGAAAGUUAAAUCAGCUGAAGAAAAAGUUGAAAAUGUAUUAAAGAAAUUUGAAGAACAAUAUUUGGAGAAAGUUGAAAAAUUAAUUUCUGAAAAUAUGAAGUUAAAAGUUGAUUUUGAUAAACUUAUCAAUGGAAAAGAUGAUGAGUUAAAGAGAGUAGAGGAAGAGAUUAGAGAAAAGUAUAGAUCAUCAUUAGAUGCAGCUAUUGAAGAGUUGAAUAAGGAUUUGGAUGAAAAGUUAAAGGAUAUGGAUCAAUUCAUAAAGUCAAAGGUAUUUGAUAACCAAGCAGUGCUUCAAGAGACAUUGGAAAAACAAAAAUCAAAUCUUAUCAAUAUUUUCAAACAACAGGCUGAAUCUAUUAAACAAUCUGAAUUGGAGAAGAGGGCAAUCACUCAAUUGACUCAAUGCAUUGUGGAUCUUCAAAAACUUUUACAUGAUAAAUCAGCUAUCGACGGUGCUAAUGGUAAGGGAUUGCUCGUUAGAUCGUUCAAGAAUUUGACAGAUCUUUCAAACUAUGAUCAGUUGAUUAAGGAAUUACUCUCGACUUUACCAGAAGGAUUUGAAAAGAAGCCAGUCAUUCCUCUCGAUACAUUGAAUAAUCAAUUCCAAGAUAUUGCAAAGAAAUUGAGAAAGUCUCAAUUAAUCGAUCCAAAUGAUAAUUCUUUGCUUGGUAAAGCAGUCUCAGAGUUGGCUUCUUUAUUUAUCAUUCCAGAGAAAGGUAUGGUUCAAGGUAAUGAUUAUGAUGCUAUCUUGGCUCGUGCUGAAGAUCACUUAAGAAAAAAUAAUCUCUCCUCUGCUAUCAAAGAAAUGGAAUCCAUUCAACAACAAUCCUCAAAAUCAUCAACAAACAUCGAUAAUCAUCACCUUUCAAAAUUAACUUCCAAUUGGAUUAAACAAGCAAAAGAAAGAGAUCAAUUAGAAAAUAUUUCAAAAUUAUUAGAGUUAAAAUUGGAAUUAAUUCAUAAACAACAACAACAAAUUAAAGAGGAACAACAAAAAUAA